AGGCCCCGCGGGGGGCUCCUCUCCCUCAGAGGCUCCUGCGAGGAGCGCGGAGGGAGCUUCGGAGCAGCCGCGAAGCAGGAAGCUGCGAGACUGUCGUUGGCCUGCAGUUGCCAAAGAUGUACACGGCGAAGCCCAGGCUGGUCGUCCCCUACGGCCUCAAGACUCUCCUGGAGGGCCUGACCAGGGCCAUACUCAAAUGCAACCCAAGCAACAUCCCCGAGUUCGCCGCGCUCUACUUUCGAGAGCUCAUUGCAUUCAGAGGAGAGCACCCAAACGUGGACAUCAUCGACCUGGUGAGAGAGUUUCAUUUUGCUCGAGUAGAUGGCUUGGCUGAGAGACUAUCAGAGAAGAAAACUGAGGCUAGAGACAAGUUUACGCCAGAUGCAAAUGUGGCAUCUCCACUUUUUGAUGAACCAAAACGGAAGGAAAAAUCUACUGACACUGAGGAGGACCAACUCCUUGAAGGACCUGUAGCUGACUGUAGCGCCAAAACGACACAAUACCCAUCAACUCACAAUGAACUUACAGAAAAUGAAUCGUCCCCAACGGGACCUGAACCUUCAUCCCCUAAGGGACCUGACCUUGCUUAUGUCCCAGCUGAUCCUGCCCAGCUUGCUGCACAGUUGUUAGGUAACAGUGAUUCACUUCAUUCUCUGAAGGAUGUGGCAACAAGCGUGCAGACUCUUCCUGAAGUGUCUAUGAGCUCAGAGGACACAACCGCUGUGCCAAUAGAAGGGGCUGCUGAAGAUGCCACAGUUGUCCCAGCAGCUGAGGGUUCUGCAGAGUCAGUUAGGUCAGCGUCCAGUGUUCAGAGUCAGUCCUCCAUGCCCAGAGAGCUAGGUUCCUCAGGCAGUCAGGUUGAACAAUCAGCCAGUGAUACAAACCACGCUCCCUCAAUCCCCUUGCAGGAAGAACCACCACCUCCACCUUCCCCACCACCUCCUCCUGAUGAUCCAUUGCAGGCUGCACCUUCCCCCAACGAAAUUGAAGUUACAUCAACCAUUCAGGUUCUGCCAAUGAAUAAUGAUGAGGAGGAGCCUGUUACUGAAGGAGAGGUUCCACCUUACAUAGAGCAGUUUCCGCAGAAAAUAGUAAUUCCCUUUAUAGACCAAGUAGCUGGUCUUUUAGAGAUUCAGCACCCACUAAAUGCAGGCCAGUUUAUAUGCACUAAAAUCUUAGAUCCAUCUGCAGUCGAUGCAGAAUGUGACCCUGAAGGAAUGGAAACUACAGUGCAAAAGGCAUCAGCUGAACCAGGUUAUGUUAUAUCAGCAAUGGCAACAAGCGAAGCAGGACAACCACCACCAUAUUCUAAUGUGUGGACUCUCUAUUGUCUAACUGAUUUGAGUCAACAAGGUCGAAAGUCACCACCACCCCUUCCUCCUGUGGGAAGUGGUGCUCCUUAUCCCCAAGCAACCCUCUAUAUAUCUAGUGGGAAAGAGCAACAACAGGUCCUACAGCAGCAGAUGACACAAGGUCAACAACAAGUAUCCUCUCCAACUUAUGUGAUGACUGAAGAAAGCAAGCGGGGAAAUGCACCGCCUUUCAUUUUGGUGGGCUCUACUGUCCAGAACGUACAGGACUGGAAAUCUAUUCCCGGCCAUGCUGUGCUUGCACAGCAAGAUGCUAGCGUUGCGAGGAGAUUCACCACAGUACCUAUACCCGUGGCCAGAGCAGCUGAUCCAAAAACAGUCACGCCAAAACCCGAUACUAAUUUUGCACAGGAAACUGCCAGACCACCAACCCCAGUUUUUCUUUCAGUUGCCAUACCCCUGGAUGAUGUAAUGUCUGCUAAGAGGGGCUCAGGUGAUAAGCAAGCAAAUCCUUUUGCAGGAAGCUAUGGCAUUGCAGGAGAAAUUACAUUUACUUCUGCCUCGGUUCGCCGAGCAGACUCAUGAGAAGGUAAGAGAUGCCCUUUGGAUAUCACUGUGGAAUGGAAUAUGCAUCUUAAAGAAUAGAACUGAUUAAGUUAAAUACAAGGACCC